CUCGUCUGUAUUACGCCCUGUGCUUCUUCUUCUUCAAGCCACAAUCUUUCCCUUCUGCCCUUCACUCUCUCUACAGUCUACAGUCACCGGUUCUCCAUCUGCUCACCAUGAACGGCCUCAGCAACACCACCGCCACACCGAACCUCCAUUUCAUCCUCAUCCCUCUCAUGGCGCAAGGCCACAUGAUCCCUAUGGUCGACAUGGCCUGCCUCCUCGCUGCCGGUGGCGCCGUCGUCAGCUUCAUCACCACCCCCGUCAACGCCGCCCGCAUCCGCCCUUUCAUUUCCCGAAUCCAAGCGUCCUCUCUCGCCAUCCGCUUCGUCGAGCUCCGUUUCCCAUCCGCCGAAGCUGGUCUCCCCCUCGGCUGCGAAAACCUAGACCUUCUUCCCGACUCCAAAUUCAACAAACCCUUCGUCGAAGCCCUUCCCCUUCUCCGCAACCAGCUCGAGCUUCAACUCGGGAAACAAAUUCCGAUCCCCGAUUGCAUUAUCUCCGAUACAAAGCACGCCUGGGCUGGAUCCAUUGCGCGGAAAUUGUUGAUACCUCAUAUUAUCUUCCACGGACCCUCGUGUUUCUAUCUACAUUCGACUCUAUCGAUUAAGCGGCAUAAAAUCUUGGAUGGUAUUAGAGAUGAGUAUGAGAAAUUUGUUUUGCCGGAUCUACCGCAGAGGAUCGAGAUGACGAAAGCGCAGGUGGAGCGAUGGGUAGAUUCGCCGACAUGGGAGAAGCUGAGAGACGAUUGUUACGCCGCCGAGGAGGCAGCGGACGGGAUCGUGAUCAAUACAUUUGAGGAGCUCGAACCGUGGUGUGUCGAGAUGUACCGGAAGGCGACAGGGAAGAAGGUUUGGCCGAUCGGGCCCUUAUCACUUUAUAACAGGGAGAUUGAAAGCACAGCAAUAAGAGGCAACGAAGUACCGGCUAUGGAGGCGGAGAAGUUGCAGCGAUGGUUGGACGAGAGAGAAAAGGGAUCAGUCGUAUUCAUCAGCUUCGGGAGCCUAGCGCGGAACCCGAUCGCCCAGCUGACCGAGAUCGGCUGCGGGCUGGAGGCGACCAGGGCAAGGUUCAUAUGGGUGGUGAAGGAGGCGGAAGUGAAGAGCGGUACGGAAGCUGAGAAAUGGAUGGAGGAGUUCGAGGAUAGAUCCGCGAAGGACAAGAAGGGGAUGGUGAUUAGGGGAUGGGCGCCGCAAAUGGUGGUGUUGUCGCAUUCGGCGGUGGGCGGAUUCAUGACACAUUGUGGAUGGAACUCAAUAUUGGAGGCCAUCUGCGCCGGCGUGCCGAUGGCGACAUGGCCGCACUUUGCGGAUCAGUUCUUGAACGAGAGGUUGGUGGUGGAUGUGCUUGGGAUUGGAGUGGCGGUUGGAGCGGUGGUGCCGGUGAAGCCGGCAGAUGAGGAGAGGAAGGAGGCGGUGGUGGGGAGGGAGAAGGUGGAGAAGGCGGUGGUGAGGUUGAUGGAUGAAGGGGAGGAAGGAGAGGAGAGGAGGAGGAGGGCGAGGGAGUUUGGGGAGAAGGCGAGGAACGCGAUGGAGGAAGGCGGGUCUUCUUGCCAAAAUUUGAAGGGAGUUAUAAAAUACGUGUCCGAUCGUAAGAACAAAAUUAAUCUAAUAUGAUGCUAUGCCUCAAAUCAGAACAGUUAUUAGGUCCGGACACCGGA